GCCCAGAGCUGGACCUCCGCUUUGCGGUCUCCCAAGCUCUCCAUAGUUGGUCUAUCAUGGAACUUGUCUACCUCUCGCUGCUCUUUUUAUCCUUUAGCUUCUAGGCCGGACUUUCAGACGCUUCUUCGAAAACAACGUCCUUCCGCUUCGCUACUUUUGAACUGGUCAUCUUUGAUCAAUAUUGUCAUCCGCUCUCCAUCAGACAGCGAGAUAGAGGAUAACCCAAAAAAGCCCACCAAAAUCCGAAGUCCAACCUUUGAUUCUCCGUUCCAACGACAGCACAGUGACCAUCAUCUAUCCUCAGCUCGCUUCGUUUUCCACGUUCUUUCUGCCAAGAUUGCUGGAGCCUAGAAGAAGUCGAACCAUCCUGGGUUUUGGUGGGCUUUUGGGUUCUUUAACUUUUUCAACACGGAGACUAACGAGCAAGGUCAUCCUGAUCGUGUUGUUUUUUUAGCAAUUGGGUUUUCUGUGGUCUGAGAACUUGUUCCAAGUUGACAUGAGAGGUGGGAAGGAUAUCUGAGUCAGACUCAUCCAAGGGUUGUGACUUUGAGAAUCUGCAAAUAGCUGUUUGAGGCUUGUUGGGGUCAUCAUAGUUGCGUUGAGUUGAGUGUAUAGACAGUAAACGGAUGUGGAGUAAUUUGGGGGUUGUUUGGUUGAGAUGAAGGAUGUUCUCAGAGCUGAUAAAUCUGUUGAGGUCCUGCUUCCUUUCGAGGUCAGAUCGAUAUGUUCACACGGGUUCGGACGCUGGAGGCCGCCAAGACGGGCUGCUAUGGUUCAAAGAUUCGGGGCAGCACUUGAGUGGCGAAUUCUCAAUGGCUGUUAUCCAGGCCAAUAAUUUACUAGAAGAUCAAAGCCAGAUCGAGUCGGGCAAUUUGAGUUCCCUCGAGUCCGGCCCCCACGGUACCUUCGUUGGCGUCUAUGACGGGCACGGUGGACCGGAGACGUCGCGAUAUGUUAAUGAUCACCUCUUUCAGCAUCUCAAGAGGUUGAUAUCGGAGCACCAAUCGGUGUCUGCUGAUGUUAUACGGGAGGCAUUUCAAGCAACAGAAGAGGGGUUUAUGUCUAUUGUUACCAACCUCUGGCCGGUAAAACCACAGAUUGCAGCAGUCGGAUCAUGUUGCCUCGCUGGCGUUAUUUCUGACGAUACCCUUUACAUAGCAAAUCUUGGUGACUCAAGAGCUGUUCUGGGAAGAGCGGUGAAGGCGACAGGGGAGGUACUGGCCAUUCAGCUGUCGACUGAGCACAAUGCAAGUAUAGAGUCUGUGAGACAGGAGUUGUGUUCCGUGCAUCCCGAAGACUCACAGAUUGUAGUUCUAAAGCACAAUGUAUGGCGGGUGAAGGGUCUCAUACAGGUUUCAAGAUCUAUUGGAGAUGUAUAUCUGAAGAAGGCUGAGUUCAACCGAGAGCCUUUGUAUGCGAAGUUUCGCCUUCGUGAACCUUUCGAAAAACCAAUAUUAAGUUCAGAACCAUCAAUCUCAGUGCAACAGCUUCAGCCACAUGAUCGGUUUGUCAUUUUUGCAUCUGAUGGACUUUGGGAGCACCUCAGCAACCAGGAAGCAGUAAAUAUAGUUCAGAAUCACGCACGCAAUGGAAGUGCGAGGCGGCUAGUGAAAGCUGCUUUGCAGGAAGCGGCAAGGAAAAGAGAAAUGAGGUACUUGGACUUGAAAAAGAUCGACCGGGGAGUCCGCCGGCAUUUCCACGACGACAUCACGGUCAUUGUCGUGUUUCUCGAUUGGAAUAUGAUGAGCAAAGCGAGCUCAGUCAGGUCAGCCAAAUUAUCAAUUAGAGGAGGCGGCAUCAACUUGCCUCCCAAUACAUUGGCUCCCUGGUCUACUCCUGCGGAGGCCAGCGAUAAUUGAAGAGGCUGCUCUUGGGAUUUCUGUAUUUGUCAUUAUGCCGUUUUAGAUUUAUUUCUAUUGUAUACCGGGCAGCUUCCUUAGCAGAUAAAGAGGAGAUGGCCAUAAAACUCUUUCAUCUGAACUGGGACUUAGAAUGAAACUGUGGUCUUUGGAAAGCAAAGAACUCCGUAACUAUAGUUUUAUCAACUGUGUGCGGUAAGCUAGCUCCUCUACAAGCCUUUCUCACUAGCAAUUUUUGCCUUCGUUUAGUUUAGCUGUAUAUCAGCUCUGUAAAUGAUGUUACUUGUGAAAUUAAUUUGCCUUUCUUUUAGGUUC